AUGAACUCUUCUACUACAUCUGAUCAAGCCGCGGCUGCCGCAGAGAUCGCUGCAUAUAUCGCCGAACUAAACUUCGAUGUGAUGCAAAGUUAUUGCACAACAAGCGCCAUCGUCCUGCUUGCUUACCACUACAUCACAACACUUGACGAUGAGGCUACGCACUUCUGGAGCAAAGCUGUCGCACAAAAGGGAAGGGUCACGCUCGCGUGGAUGCUAUUUUUCGGGAAUCGCUACUUGCCGAUAAUUGUCUACGCGUACCAGGCGCCGUGGUGGCCAGGGUACGCUCUAUUUGCUUCGCUUUCUCCAGCUCGGACUGUGCUAAUCAUGCACCUCGAAACGUCGCCUAGCUGUGCAGCGACAGUCAUAUCGCAGUACAUUCUCGAGUACUCGCAAUACGCUCUCUGGGCCGCGAUAUCAUGCUUCCGGGUACAUGCCCUCCGAAAAAACAAGGUGCUAGCGCUGCUCGUCCUUCUGCUGGCGCUUGUACCAGUGUUCUCUGACGCCGUCCUCGCAACAUACUUAACGCCAACGAUAGACCCCGUCGACGGCUGUGUACUGGACGCAAGCCGCCUCUCUAUGAAAGUAUACGACAUUUGUGAGUCUUGCCAUAAACAUUCACUCGCACGAGCUUCUCUGAACACUAGUGUGCGAGCAGUGGACGUGUUUGCAUACACGGGCUGGAUCCUCUCUGAAGUCUUUGUCGUUGGUAUCACGCUGGCCGCGACCCACCACCACAAAGCGCUCGCCGGUGCGAUAGGGCGCGGGAGGCGCACACUAUCUGCCGUUCUGUUCCAGGACGGCCUCGUAUUUUUCGUGACAAUCAUGCUGCUUAACAUUGUGCAGCUCAUCCCCAUCCAGCUCCUACGCCCCACUGUCGGGUCCAACUCUGCAAGCACAGUACUGACGCUGGUCGACCCCUUGAUCUCGAUCCUGCUCACUCGCCUCUAUUUCGACCUACAACAGACCAGCACAUCACAGGAGCUCGACGCCGGAACAUCAUUGACGGGCGCCGAGUUCUCGUUCGGGACUCUCGACCUGGACGCACGGUUUGCGGAGUGCGGCCCUACGGACCAGUGUUAG